AUGCUAUCAGAUGAACAACUGGAUGAACAGAUGUAAGAAAUUUUUACAAUAUACAUAAGGAUAUUACUUGACUGUGAUUGGUUGAUUUCAGUGCAGUUAAUCCCAAAAAGCAGUGCAAUUUUCUGUAAUCACAGUGCAAUUUUUCUGUAAUCUUUACAUGUCAAAUGUUUCCCCACUAUAAUAAAAUAACUGCCCCUCCCCCUUCUGAACCAAUAUUUUUAGGUGCCUUUUUCGGUCAAAAAUACCUCAUGACCCCACCCCCUUCUUUGCCAGCCCACCCCCGGUCAUAAAUAAUGAAUGGUCGCUUACCUAUACUUCAAACACUCAUUAAUAAUUCAUAAGCUUAUUGGCAAAUCAUGUAAACUAUAACAUGUCACAUGCAGUGGCUUUAAACCUGAUAAAACACUCCUAAUUAGUAUUCUCUAUAUAAAGAAUACUAAUAAGGCAGUAUCUAUUGUUGUUGUGUCCACAUUAGUAUUUUUUAUAUAAAGAAUACUAAUAGGGCGGUAUAUCUAUUGAAUUUGUAUAGUCGUGUUUGAAGCCAUUUAAUAAACUCGCAGGUCGUGUUUUAUUAGGUCUAAAUUAAAGCCACUCGCGCUGAGCGCUCGUGUCUUUAAACCUAAUAAAACACUCCUGCUCGUUUAUUAAACAGUACUUCAGGUAUAGCAUAACACUGAAGAAAAUGCAGAAUAUGAAAAGCCACAAUAACUAAAGUACUAGUACUCAAGUAAGGUGGUUUGUCCAUUAGUUUCAGGUUUCAACGAUAAUUGAUCAUGCAAUGAAUUUUUUAUUGUUAUUAUUAUUAUAAUUUUUUUUCCACUUUUAAUAUUGUAUAUAUUAAUUAAUGUUACUUUAUUAUUUAUAAUGUUUUCAGAUCAGACAUUUUAAAAGUAUUUCCAAACUGUGGAUAUCGAAGAAUGCGUGGUUUUUUAACAGCAAGAGGUUUACACAUUCAAUGGCGCCGGAUAGAAGAUAGUAUGAAGCGUGUGUGUCCAGAGGGCAUACUAAUGCGGUGUUUACAAUUCAAUGUUCUUAAAAGAAGAAUCUAUAAUGUAAGAUCACCAUUAUCACUUUGGCAUAUAGAUGGCAAUCACAAGCUAAUAAGGUUAGAAUUCAAUUAAUGUGCCAUUUUUUGUAUGUUCCCUUGCCAGAUAUAGGAUUAUUGCCAUUGGACACUUUCUUAUAGUAACACGGUUUAAAUAUCAUUUAAUUAAAUUGAUAUUACCAAAUAAGGCAAAUGUGGGUGGAUAUACAAUACCUAAAGGUGUAUAUAUGAACCACUUGUACCUGAAUGUUGAUUUGUUUACUUUGUUAGAUGAUUAAUUGCUUGUAUUACACCCAAAUUUGAGAUGGAAAUUGAAUGCAGCUUGCAUUUAGUAGUAUUAUUUUAUAUUUCAUUUUACUUUCUACUACUCUAGAUGGGGUUUUGUCAUUCAUGGAUGCAUUGAUGGUUAUUCUCGCCAGAUCACCUUUCUGCACUGUAGUUGCAAUAAUAAAGCUCAAACAGUUCUACAACUGUUCCUUGAUGCUGUGGAUGUUUUUGGAUUGCCUUCUAGAGUGCGUGGAGAUAAAGGUGUGGAAAAUGUGGAUGUCGCUUGGCAUAUGUUUACUCAUCCCAUGCGUGGCCCUGAUAGGGGGAGCUUCAUUUCUGGCAGGAGCUGCCAUAACCAACGCAUUGAAAGACUUUGGAGGGAUGUAUUUAGCGGUUGUACACAUAUAUUCCACAGUCUCUUUCACCACAUGGAAAAUGAAGGAAUAUUAGACAUCGGGAAUGAUCUGCAUCUCUAUGCAUUAAGAUAUGUAUUCACGAAAAGGAUCAACAAUAGUUUAAAGACAUUUGCAGAAGGUUGGAAUCAUCAUCCUCUUUCAACUGAAGGCAACAUGUCACCUGCUCAGCUGUGGGUUUGGGGCCUGAGGAAUCAACUCAUUGACAUGGAACUUAACGAUGUAAGGUAUCCAUAUAAGUUAAGUAAAUCGUGCUUUAGUUCAAAGUAUCCAAGUGCUGAACAUCACUGGCAAAGAGCAAUUGAUGUAUUGGUGCACGUGUAACUCUCAAAAUGUUUACUUUGUCUUUGCGACCAAUGGUUCAAAUUCAGCACGAUAAUCUGGCGACUGAAACUUAGGGCUUACUAAAAUGUCUAUGGCGCCGAACACCGAAACAUUGUGUGUUCAUGCCUGUUUUGUUUUCAUCGUUUGGUCGAACUAUUUUAGAACUAUUAAGUAGAAAACUUUGUAUCAUAAUGUAUCAAUCAAUUCCAUGGGUUCCCGUCCCACCCACCCCCGUUUAUCGGGCAUUUGUCAUUUUGGCGAAAAAAAUUUGCAAAUGGCCCCACCAUGGCCAUGGGGUCCAAAUAAUACAACAAAAUCCCCACCCUUGGGGACUUAUAUUGACGCAAGUGUCCCACCCUAGGCGACAAAAUUUCCUGAGGAUUUCAGAACCAAAAAAUCGAAUGCAGGCUAUACUGUAUCUCGUGUCAAUAUACCUGUUAUUUAAAAUCGAUUCUGAAGCCAUUAGGGACCGGUCAUUAUUUAUGGUGGGGGGUGGCACCGAAGAGAAAUGUUUUUCGUGGCAAAAAUUUUGCUGACCCAACCAUUAAGAAAUCAAAAAUUUGAUUACCCAACCUCAAGUAUCAUUUAAAAAAUAAAUACCCACCCCUGGCCAAAAACGUUACAAAAGGAUGUCAUUCAGUUGUCACACAUGACACAAGUCCUUUACCACUUCUGUGAUACGUUUGAUAACGUUCGGCUUGUGAAUGUUUGAUAGUUUGAUAACGUUCGGCUUGUGAAAUUUACUGACUUUUCUGCAGUCUAAAGUUUCAUGUUGUCUGCACAUUUACUUUCUUUGGAGACACCAUUACAAACCGAAAAAUGAUGAAGAUAUAGAUUGAUUUACAGAUUGUAUUGACAUAUGACUGUUGACAUUCAUCGAAGUUUUCAGUCUUCAAUAUUUGAGUGAGUCAUGCUUUGGAAAUGAUAAUAAAUUUUUAUUACCCAACCUUUGAGUUGUUUCGUUUUUCAUUUACCCAACCUUUUACUUACUCAAAAUUUUGUUUACGCAACACUUUUCUCUUCGGUGCCACCCCCCGCCAUAAAUAAUGACCGGUCCCUUAAUACGGCUAAAUGGCGAAACAAGCGACAAAUAUUCAACUUUUUAAGCUCGAGCAAAUUCCCCACCCUGAGGCUAACCUGCAGAAAGCAAAUGCCCGACCCAGGGAACAAGUACAGUUGAAAGUGCAGGGAAAAUUAUGUGUAAUACGUUUUCUGUAGGUUGAAAUAAACGAUUAUGGAAUUGACGACGAUGGCCCAUCACCAAAUCCUGCAUGGAGUGAAGAUGCAUCUUUCCCAGAUGUUAUAGAAGUCCCUGACAUCUAUCUUCCCAUUCCUCCAGAUGAAGUAGACAGUCACCUAGCACAAUUUGACCCACUAGCAAGCAGCCAAUAUUUUGGAAUUGAUAUCUAUUUGCAGGUCCUCACGCAUUUAAUUAAUAUUUUUGACGAUAGAUAA